CCUUGGAGUGUAGUCAUUGAGGCUAAUAAACCCCUGAUAUGCAGCCGCUCAACGGUCUUUUGCAAGUGCACAAAGCCUGAACCAGCGAACCACAGCUUUGCGAGUUUUUUGCGUAAAGUUUACCCGAACGACGUGGCAUGUGCCAUUUCUCUUUUUCUUCCAUGCUCAUCUACUCCGUAUACCGUUCUUCAAUCCCACCUUUUCCUUCCCUGACUUUCCUGUAUACGGACAGAUUCCUCCAUACGAGAACGAAACCCCUUGCAUUCUGUUCUCAAUCAGCCUGACACGCGAUACUCUUUUGGUUCAACAACCCGCAAAUCCCGAGCCUUUGCUUGGCUUUUCUGCUUACGAGUCCUGUCCCGAUUCCCUUCGGACAGUUGAUAAGACUUUCAAUCCCGACGGGCGGGGUACGAUCAAGCAGCAAUGGCACAACAGAAGGCCGACUCCCACCAAUCCAACGACCAAGCAGACGAUGCCCGAGAGAAUGGCAAUCCUUUGCAGGUGACCUCCGAAAUGGCCAAGGCCUUCCAAGAACUUGCACACGGUGAACGGACAGCAUCGGCUUUGGAGUCCAAGCUUGACGAUAUUGAAAGCCGCAUCGAACAAUUGCUCGCUACUAUGGAGAACAGCACUCAAGACCAUGGUCAAAAUUCAACGCCCUCCCAAUCCAAAUAAUCAAUCCAUUCGCCUUUCAACAAUGAGCCACGUGGACGCCUCCCGGGUUGGUGCCACUUCCUUCCAGCGGUUCCGCUGGGGUGGACUUCAAUAAAACGCCCGUGCGCGAAUGCCUCAAAUGGGCAGUCUGCUAAAAAAACCACUUUUGAAGCAAGAUUUCCAUUCCCGUUCAGGACCGAGAGAGACUUCGACACCGGACUAGGACUGCUGGAAAACCCCUG